AUGGUGGCGGUGGGCGUCGGCGACGACGGCUGGGCGCGGCUCACCUCGCGCUCUGACGCCGCGGAGGGCCUGGGGCGGAGGCAGGAAUGGGAGGUGGAGUUCGCCCGCUACUUCGCUUCCCCCCUGCGCGACACCUCGACGACGACGACGACGCCGCCGCCGCCCGGCGUCCGUUACGUCACCAGCGCCACGGAUUGCCAUCCCGGCGCCUGGCUCCCCGCCGCCACGCCUGCCGCUCUUCGCGUCUCCCGCUCCAGCCACCCCUCCGCGGCCCCAGUCCUCACCGUCUCCGUCAUCGGUGUCGUCUUCGAGGAGCACUUUGUGUCUAUCCUCAACUUCUCAUGGCCUCAGCUCACAUGUGGGGGACAAUGCCCAGGAAGUGGGAGCAGGGUGCUCUUUGUGAGCUUUUGUGAUAAAUCCAAGCAGAUACAGAAGUUUGCUCUACGUUUCCCACAGCUCAGUGAUGUGGAGUCGUUCUUAAAUUGUGUGAAGGAAUGCUUAGGUGACACCAUGGAUAUUGCAUCAUCUGGAUGCGACUACAUAUGUGAAGAUUCAUCAUCACGAUCAGAAUACAUUGCUUCCAAUGAACUUCCCCACAGCUUUGAGGAGCCAGCUUCAGAUCACAGGACAGAGGCACCAGCAUUAUGCUACCAUGAGGAACCAGACCUGCCUGUUUCUGAACCUCUCCUUACUUCCAACAUUGACAAUAUCAACUCUGGUUUCCCUCUUAGUUUCACUGAAAUGCUGACAAAUUUGUCAUCUGAGACUGAAUAUGCAUUGUGCAUGUACGGAUCAGAUGCGGUGGACCUGCAUCAACUGGGUGGAACUGACCAUCCUCAAGAUGUAUUGUAUGGCGGAUCAGAUGCGGAGGACCUGCAUCAAACUGACCAUCCUCAAGAGAUAAUAUAUGGCGGAUCAGAUGCGGAGGACCUGCAUCAACUGAGUGGAACUGACCGUCCUCAAGAGGUGUUCACACAAGAUACUUGUCAUGAUGUAUUUCCUUCAAUGGCAGUUGCCAGUAAUGAAAAUACUGCUGAUAAAGAAACUGAUACUAGCAAGUCAACAAAAGAAAUUGAUACUAGUAAAUCAACAAGUGAUAUUAUGGCAAGGAUAAAGACAUAUAUGGCUGAUGAGUCAUUCCAUGAUAUGCUGUCCAAGCUUGAGAGAGUCAUUGAUGAACUGGGUGUGGACUUGUCAGUCUACUCCUAG